AUGGGAUUGAAAGGGAAACUUGCAGGAGAAAUCCUCGGGCCGCGUCCGGGUCUCAUGAUACUCAGCUUUUUCGGAGGUCGCGUGGAGAUCAUUCUGCGAUUCCUGGCCAUCUUGCUUGGAUCUGUUCCAGUGCUGAUAGCGGCGGCCGUGGCUCUAGCGACUCUGAGGGGCAUCGAGAGUAUUGACGAUGUACCGGAUGGUGGCGAUUUAAGCGAGCUCCGGGACAACACUUACGCGGCUACAGGAGUUGCAAUUGCGGUUGCUUGCUUUGGGAUUAUCUAUGAAGUUUUGUUUAUUGUUCUUCGAUUUCUCAACAUUGGCCUUUUGAACCUGAAAAGCAAGAUUCUUCUAGUUGUCGAUAUAGUGAUCAGUUUUCUGCUGGCAGCUGGUCAUUUCAUUGCCGGAGUACUGGAGGCAUUCUAUGCCGGCGAAUGGAACGACAACUUUACUGCAGUUGUGGACGAUAUAGACACCAUCAGGAACUCCAUGAUUGCUAGCGCUGUGUUUUGUUUCAUCGGCACGGCUCUCUUUGUCCUCCUGGGUGUGUUCAUAGUCAUCUUCCUCAUGAAGGAUUGGAACAGCAAGCUCCAGACCGUAGUGUGGACUACAGCCAACCUGCUAACCACUGAGAAGUACGGCUACUGGUAUGUGUGUGUAGGUAGCGAUUCUAGAUUGACAACUAGCAUUCAAGUCCCACUGUCAAAUUUUCACAAAAAAAUUAAUAUUGCAGGUAUGAUGGGCCAAUCAACUGUACUCCUUUUCCUCAUCCUCCCCCACAUCAUCACACCCUCACACUCUCACGACGACACCACCCCAGGAGAUGACGAUGAUAACGUCACCACGACAACCAACGGGGAUCAACAACGAAACUGUAGCAACAGUUUUACACUUCUCGAAGAGAGCCUUUUGUCCAAUGAAAACAACAGAUUCAAUUUGCUCAAGACAUUUUAUCCUCCGCGGCGCUCCCCCCCUGUUUUCAUUACCGUCACUUACCGGUUUGGCGAGUUUGGUGGGAACCAGUUUGACGGGAGCGAAAACCCGUCUGACGGGUCUGAAGGCUCUGGUUCCGGAAAUCAUGUGUCUGAAAACCGGUUUGACAGGUCUGGGAACGAGAGUGUCUGGUACUGGUCUGCGUCCGAGGUGUACCUGGUACAGCCUCUGGACGUCCUCCAGUACACGUCUCUAUUCCAUUCCAACCUCCAGUACCGCUCCAGUCGGGUGGAUUUGGAAUUGAACCGAGACUGCCUCGGAACGAGAAAAGACUACCUCGAAAUACUAACACAGAGACUAAAGCUCUACGCCCAAACCCAACGGGUGUCUACGUUGUCUGAACCUCUUCGCAUAUCAGACCUCUAUCUUGCUGUCGCUGCAAGUCGCGACGAAAUCAUGUCCGACACAUUUCAGAGCACGUUCGCCCGUGUAUGGCUUCACCUGGUGUUUCUCCUGUUCCCUGUUGCCACGGUGAUAGUCGUGUACACCUGUGACCCCAUACAGCUGUUGCUAGGCGAUAAGACCUGGCAGAAACUGCGUGACGAGAGCAAUCAUCCACGAUUUGCAGCCAUGAUUCAAAUCUCGGUUGUCUUCACUCUGUACGUCUUUGUGAUGGGCUGUUUGUCGUUCGCCGGUACCCUCACUACUGAUGUCUAUUUAGAGCCCACCCACAGCGGGUUCUAUCUCACCACCGUCACAGGUUUCCUGGUCGACCUGGCAGCGUUCCUAUGGGUGGUGUUUAUCCUAGUGACAAGUUUCUGCAAGAAAGUGACCUCGACUCGAAUCCACACGCUCCUGGUUUCCGUGACGGCGUCACCGUUGCUGUGUGGCGCCAACCAUCUUCCUUACAUCAUUCUGUCGUACGUUUCCGACCCCUACCAAGCCGGCUCCAUAUCCAUGGUCUACUUCUUCACGUUCCUCCUCUUCUACUUCAUUUUCGGUCAAGUCUAUUCCCGUGUCGUUCUCAGAACGGGAUCGAGACCAAAGAAUUUCCCGCACGCAGUCAAUGCUGAUUUAGUGCAUUUCCCUGAGGGAGAUGCGUGCAGGAGGAAAUUUAGUGUGCCUUUCAAUACACAAGCUGUCAUGAUCAGUUUAGUAAUAGUGACCCCUCUCCUAGUGUUCUACGAGGGACUACUAAUAAUCCUGUUCUGGUCACUACCAAUCAGAAAAACUCUCGAAGACUCACCAACGCGCCUCUACACGACUUACCAAGGCACUGGGAUCCUGAUAGUUGCUCUGCUAACCUACAACAUAAUCCUUCGCCCUUCUCCGUUUUCAUUCGCCGGGGUUUUCGAUAAGCUCGGGAAGCAGCUGCAAAUCCCUCAGAAGAUUGGGCGGAAGUGGGUGAGGAUGGGAGACGAGGCGAAAGCGGCCGCUGUCAUAAGAACGCUGUACUCGUUGGGGGAGAAAGAGGGCGUGGCAGGAAGUGGGUUAGAUAUACAGGAAGUGAUGUCAUCGGUUCCAGAGAGCCCCGGGUCGUCAAAGAGUCCGAAGAGGGGAGGGGCCUAUCGGUGUGGAGAUCUGGACAAACCCGUCGUACGGAUGGAAGCGAUGAACAGUUUAGACAAAGAAAGAUGUUCGGACAAAAAAGAAAAUCAACUUGAAAGUGGACAUAAAGAGACCGUUUUGUAAAUAAUCAACAAACACCGUUUUUACUAAAUUGACAAUUUUAAAUUGAGCCAGUUUUAACCAU